GCGGUCGCCACAUCUCUCUCUCACUCCUCUGAUAAGACAGAACCAAUGUUCAUUUCCGACAAGCCUCGUCCCAUCGACUUCUACAAAGACGAUAACACCACCAAUCCCUCCACCACCACACGCGACAACAUGAUCAUCGACGUCACUGCCAAUCACAACCAUCACAAUCAUCUCCAGCCGCAACAGAUCCUCUUAGGAGAAAGCAGCGGAGAGGAUCACGAAGUGAAAGCUCCCAAGAAACGAGCAGAGACAUGGGUUCAAGACGAGACACGUUCCCUGAUCAUGUUCCGUAGAGGCAUGGACCGUCUCUUCAACACCUCCAAAUCCAACAAGCAUCUCUGGGAGCAGAUCUCAGCGAAGAUGAGGGAGAAAGGGUUUGAUCGGUCUCCGACUAUGUGUACCGACAAGUGGAGGAAUCUGUUGAAGGAGUUUAAGAAGGCUAAGCAUCAUGACAGAGGGAAUAGAUCGGCUAAGAUGUCUUAUUAUAAAGAGAUUGAGGAGAUUCUUAGGGAGAGGAGCAAGAAAGUGACGGCGACAGGACAGUAUAGCAAGAGUCCUAAUUCAACACCCACUGCUAAAGUUGAUUCCUUUAUGCAAUUUAGUGAUAAAGGUUUUGAUGAUCCGAGCAUUUCUUUUGGAUCUGUUGAAGCUAAUGGCAGACCAGCGCUUAAUCUUGAAAGGCGUCUUGACCAUGAUGGUCACCCACUUGCUAUCACUACAGUUGAUGCUGUUGCAGCAAAUGGAGUUCCUCCUUGGAACUGGAGAGAGACUCCUGGAAACGGUGGUGAUUCUCAGGGUCAGCCUUUUGGUGGGAGGAUCAUAACUGUGAAAUUUGGCGACUAUACAAGAAGAAUUGGCGUUGAUGGUAGCACUGAAGCAAUCAAAGACACAAUCAGAUCUGCUUUUGGUUUAAGAACUCGACGAGCUUUUUGGUUAGAAGAUGAAGAUCAGGUUGUUCGUUGUCUUGACCGAGACAUGCCCUUAGGGAACUAUCUACUCCAUGUCGAUGAUGGACUAACCAUCAGAGUUUGCCAUUAUGAUGAAUCCAACCAGUUACCAGUCCAUACAGAAGAGAAAGUCUUCUACACGGAAGAAGAUUACCGCGAUUUUCUGGUAAGAAGGGGAUGGACAUGUCUUCAAGAUGAUGGUUAUAGGAACGUAGACAACAUGGAUGAUCUUCAACCUGGUGCUGUGUACCGAGGAGUGAGAUGAGAAGAAUGUGAGCUUCUCGUCCAAAACCAUCAACAGUUAACCUAAUCGCAAAAACUGUCUACUGUAAAUAAAUGUUUUUCUCAUUCCCUUUGUACAUUUCCUGCUUUUUUUUUUCUGGGAAGAAUAAAGAAUUUAAUUACUCAGAUGUAACAUUUAUCUACUUGGAUUCACCUUACGGGCUGAGACGUCAAAUUGUAGAUUCGUAUGUUACGUUUUGGAAAGAUCAUAAGAGAGUGCGAGGCAAUAAUGUGUGUGUGUUGUUGUUGUGUCAGGCU